AUGGAUGAUUGGAGAAUUCAACAACAAAGAAUCAAUAUGAAUGGUAUCGGUCCAAUUCAUAGUUAUCAUUCAAUGCAUUCAAGACCUUCGCCAUAUCAAGUCAAUCAAACAAAACAAACAUAUCCAUAUCAACCAACACCGGCAAUAUCAGUUAAAACUGAUUCGAAUUCUAAUGUUUAUACACCUAAUCAUAUGGAGCGGAUGCAUUCUCAACAACGUAUGAAUACUACGAAAUCUACUAUCGGUCCAAUAUCUACCUACAACGGUGGUCAUCAACAAAUAAUGUCAGCUCGAGCAGCACGUUCAAUGCCGUAUCCAUCUCAAUCGAUGUAUAGUCAUUCAUCUGGUUCAGUUUGUCAAUGUAAUUCACAUAUGCAUUGUCCAUCUCAGCAUCAAAUGUUUUAUCAAAAUUAUUAUCAAUUACAACCCUCCGCCUGUUAUCAUCAACCAAAUCCGAAUCCUAUGAAACACGAAACAAUGAAAAUUCAAACGAAGUCAAAACCCGACGAACCAUUUCAAUCGUCAACAUCUCAUUAUUCAUCGAAUUGUUCAAAUUCUUAUAUUCCAGUUCAACAACUACAAUCACAAUCAACAUCAAUGUCACAAGAAUAUCAAACAUUUUCAAAUCACUCACAAAUAUUUCCUAGUCCACCAAGUAAUCCAAGUACACCCUAUCAAGGAGAAUACAAUGGAAACACUACCACAGAUUUUGGCGUUCCAUAUCAUCAAAGUCAACCGAGUUCAGUCAAUUCGCUAACAGAUGCACUUUGUCCAAGUGGUGAUACUCUUGAUCGUCAAAUGACACCUGGACCGCCGAGUGUGGGUACGCCGCGUGUUGCAGCACAUCAAUAUUCGUUUCCACAAACACCAUUAACACCGACAACAUCAAGAUUAAUCAAUGAGCAAAAUAUUGAUGAACUUACCGCAUUUCUUCAAGAUCCCAUCAAUACAUUUUUAACAGAUGAUUUAACAUCGACCCUUUUUGACGAUAUUGAAACAUUAGCUGAUACCUAUUUAGGUGGCCGAGGAAAUUUUCAGCAAUCAAAUAUUGACAAUAAGUUAGAUUAUGAUAUUAUUCUGAAUUAUCUAUGCUCGGAUGAUCUUAUAAGUACGGUGUAUAAAAAUUAA